UGGAGGAAGGAAACGGUCAAUGUCAAAUGAUCCUGGAUCAGCUGUUCGCAGUCGAUCCUCCCCAACAUCCACAGAUACCAGCGACCAUUUAUCUAGCACUGAGCCUAUGAGGAUUGAAGCCAGUCGUUCAGCAGCCUCGCGUCUUCUUCAGGCAUCAUGAACUCUCUCCCGGGCAGAGCCGCAGUGUUUCUGUGCAGGCGCACCGCAGCGGGGGGGAUGCGGGUGUUCGCCGGUGCCGCCGCUCACCCUGCUGCGGACAGGGCCUCUGCCCACGCCGUGCGGGUCUGCCACUCCGGGACCACCCGCAAAGGCAGCGUCAGCACCAAGAAGCGGGGUUACGACAUCACCAGAAACCCGCACCUCAAUAAGGGAAUGGCCUUCACUCUGGAGGAGCGCUUACAGCUGGGCAUCCACGGCCUGCUGCCCCCCUGCUUCCUCUCCCAGGACGUGCAAGUGCUGCGCGUGAUGAAGAGCUACGAGACGCGCACCAACCCUCUGGACAAGUACAUCCUGUUGAUGACGCUGCAGGACAGGAACGAGAAGCUCUUCUACCGCCUGCUGACCUCAGACAUCGAGGAGUUCAUGCCCAUCGUCUACACGCCCACCGUCGGCCUGGCGUGUCAGCAGUACGGCCUGGCCUUCAGGAGACCGCGAGGACUCUUCAUCACCAUCCACGAUAGAGGCCACAUUGCUACUAUGCUGAAUUCCUGGCCUAGAGAAGAUAUAAAGGCCAUCGUAGUGACAGACGGUGAACGCAUCCUCGGACUGGGCGACCUGGGCAGCUAUGGAAUGGGGAUUCCUGUGGGGAAGCUGGCGCUCUACACGGCCUGUGGAGGUGUCCGGCCACAGCAGUGUCUCCCAGUGCUGCUGGACGUUGGCACCGAUAACCAGGCUCUGCUCAAUGACCCCCUGUACAUUGGACUGAAGCACAAGAGAAUAAGAGGGAAAGAGUAUGACGAGCUGAUCGAUGAGUUCAUGGAGGCAGUGACGGACAAAUACGGGAUGAACUGUUUGAUUCAGUUUGAGGAUUUCGCCAACAGCAACGCCUUCCGCAUCCUAAACAAAUACAGGAAUCGAUACUGCACCUUCAAUGACGAUAUCCAAGGCACAGCUUCCGUCGCUGUUGCAGGGAUCUUGGCUGCGUUGAAGAUCACCAAGAACAAACUGUCAGACCACACAUUUGUUUUCCAGGGAGCAGGCGAGGCGGCUCUGGGUAUUGCCCACCUCAUCAUGAUGGCAAUGGCCAAAGAAGGUGUAAGUAGAGAAGAAGCUGCCAAAAAAAUCUGGAUGGUGGAUUCAAAAGGCCUCAUCGUGAAGGGAAGGAGCCAUCUGAACCAUGAGAAGGAGGAAUUUGCACACGAGCACCAGCACAUUAAGACGUUGGAGGAGGUGGUGCACACCAUCAAACCCACUGCCAUCAUAGGCGUGGCCGCUAUCGGAGGGGCGUUUACGGAGAAGAUCAUCAAAGACAUGGCAUCGUUCAACGACAAGCCCAUCAUUUUCGCCCUGAGUAACCCUACCAGCAAGGCAGAGUGCACCGCAGAGCAGUGCUACAAGCUCACAGAGGGCCGGGGCAUCUUCGCCAGUGGGAGUCCAUUCGACAAGGUGACGCUGGCUAAUGGCCGGACCUUCUACCCGGGCCAGGGAAACAACGCCUACGUCUUCCCUGGAGUCGCUCUGGGGGUUAUAGCCUGUGGAGUUCGCCACAUAUCUGAUGACAUCUUCCUCACUACAGCAGAGGCCAUUGCUGACAUGGUAACGGAGGAGCACCUGGCUGAGGGAAGACUUUAUCCUCCUCUCAACACCAUCAGAGAGGUCUCCUUCAAGAUUGCAGUAAAGAUCGUCAACUAUGCAUACAAACACAACGUUGCUUCACUGUACCCUGAGCCUAAAGACAAGGAGGCUUUUGUGCUGUCUCAUAUCUACAGUCCUGAUUAUGACUCCUUCACUCUGGACACGUACAGCUGGCCACAGGAGGCCAUGGCCGUGCAGGACGUUUGAUCCUGCUCAGCGCUGUAUCUGUGCUGCAGUGGUGUCACGUAUCAGUCCUCUGCCAAUGAGUUUCGCCUUUUAGUUGUUUCCUAAAAAAUACCAUUUCCAUUGUUGUCCGUGGCUUCUCUGUUGUCACACAGCGUAAAGUGCUUAUUAUGAGUUAAACAGCCAAUAAUAAGCCAAGCUAACAUUGCAUAAUACUUUAUAUAUUAAGGAGUCCAUAUAGCAGUUUUAUUCGGUGGCUUUUAUAUAUAUUUACUCAGCACCACAUCAGAUAUCCUCCAGCUACAUGUAUAAUGUUGAGGUAUUUUAUUCUUGAAAAAUGGUGCAUGGAAAAUGAAGUAUUGCAAGAUAACGCACAAUGAUCGAAAUGUCCGAUCAAAACCUGUCCGAUUAAAACCUAAAAAAGAAAUGGAAGCUGUAUCACACACUCUUAGUGCCUCUUUCUGUGUGACCUCAGGGCAUCACUGCCACAUUGUUUGUUUGUUUAAGGAUAUGUUUCAAAAAGCAGGUUUAGUGACAACUCCAUUUUUUUUUUCAUAUUUUGUCUUGUCUGAGGUUAAAGUAGCCAUCUGACAAAAAGGUCAACAGUAACGCUGUCAUCCGUUUAAGGACACAGAUGGCAGCUACUGUCCUCAAUGAAACCCAUCAUCCUCAGUUUAGAUUAAAACCAUCCCUGCCUUUCAUAUACCCUAUACAGUAAUGUGGGUAUUACUCUGCAAUAUUUGAAAUGCAGCAUAAAACUGAUGAAGAUGAAUAUUUUAUAGUCAGACUAUGACCCUAUUUUUUUGCACUAGAAAUAAACUAGAUUUGUCUGACUGUGUUCAUCUCAUGCGUGAGCACUUUUCCCCUAACAGGGUUUGUUUCAAUAUAUAUUAAAAUGAAAGUAAAUCCAGGAAGCCGCAUUGAAACCCAUAGAAGCAGAAUAAUAAGCGCUGCUGAUUUAUUCACUCAUCAGUGUAUUAUUGCAUUAAAAUGGCAGCUGUGCUGGUUUUUCUGGAUCCACACCGUUACUUUGCAGCAUAGAGUUUGUCAAACCUGCUUUCUGGAUCAGAGUUCUCAUCCCGUAGCAGCUUCGUUCUUACACCAUGUGCAUGUUCUAUCCUUCAGACAGGACUGAGAACACUCCAGGAUCUGCCUCUACUUCCGUUUUUUUUUUUUUUUUAAAUACACUGUGUUGCACAGAGCUGCUGUUUGCUGAGUUAGAUGGACUGUCUCCUAUGUUUCACUCCUGUUAGCUUUAUAUGCUUGACGUUUUCCAAGGGAACAUAAACUUUUUUGAAUAAAAUUGUCAGAAAAAACA